GAGGGAGAGAGAGGGAAGAAAAAACCGAAAUUCCAGAGAAUCGUAGGAAAAGAUCGGGAAAACGCCAAGCAAUUCAAGAACCUUCAACUCACGAACGGAUCCUCAGAAUGAAGUUCUUGGAGUACACUCCUUUGGAUAGCAUAAAUUUUUUCCUGAGUCACGUUAGUCUUGGAGAAUGCACUCUCAAAGGAAAUCUGGAAGCUUACUCAUGCAAACAUACGGGACUGGAUAGGAAGCUGUCUCUCAGCUUGGAGCAUGAGAUUCUUGAUUACCUUGGGCGAUCAUCAGAUAGUGACUCCCCAUCACCAACAGAUUACUUAUCUAGUAGAUCAAGCCGGAAGACAUUGAUUUACUUGGUUUUGACACUCGGUCAUAUGUAUCCAGAUUAUGACUUCAGUGCUGUGCAAGCUCACCAUUUCUUCAGAGAGGAAGGAUGGGAAAGUUUCAAGCAGAUAUUCGACACCUACAUGUUUGAAGCGUCGAAGGAAUGGACUGUGGCAAAUGGUGGCGGUUCCCUGUUGGAAAGCCUGUCCAAAGCUGUUGAUGAGGUUGUGAAGCUAGCAGACUGUGAAAUCUACAGUUAUAAUCCUGAUUCUGAUGGAGAUCCCUUUCUGGAGAAGGGAGCCAUAUGGUCAUUCAAUUUCUUCUUCUAUAAUCGAAAGCUUAAGCGUGUCGUCAGCUUUCGUUGCUGUUGCUUAAGCAACUUGGCGGCAGAGGGUUUUCUGGUGGACGAGAUGCUCAAUGAGGAUGAUGAUGCCGAAGUGGAUAUAUUUGAUGACAUGGACAUGUGACUGACAGACUGUCUACAAUGCAACAUGCUGAUCAACUGCUUGUUGUAUGGAAUGUGAUCUAUUGUGUAUGUGUAUCAAUAGUUAAAGCACCUUCCUGUAUGAAGUAGUUAGCAAUGUAGGAGUUAAAUGCCACACUGUCUAGACCUCAAACCAAUGCAAUCACUUGUAAUGAACCUUAUUAUUUUUUUUCCAUGUGAAUUUGUACCGAACAGCCAAUGAACUGUAAAACUU